AAGUCUCGCGUAGUAACACCGGCCAUUUUUCUCCAUUUAUAGCAGCAGGAUACUUUCGUGUUUGACAGCGAUCACUUUAAGUUUCUGUAAGUUUACUUUUGUUAUUUUGGCGUCCAAAGUGGAGACAGACAAACACAAGUCAUGCUUGUGUUUGCCGCUGUGAUGUUUUUCCGCUGACAUUCUGAUCCGGACAGAUGCUGCUUGUGUAAACUGUCGCACUAAUGGAAAUGGUGCCUAGCGAAGAGAAGCAGUUCGUACCCACAGAGACACAAAAUGCAGCUGAGGAGCCCAGAGUGCUGUGCAUAAUCCAGGACACCACCAGUGCAAAGACAGUCAAUCAGAGGUUGACUCUUAACCUACCUGCUUCAACUACUCUCUCCAAGCUUUAUGAUGAUGUUGCCCAUAAAGCACGAUAUGUGAUUGGCACAUUUGACCUUGCAUGGGGAAAUACAUCUGACAUGGCACCACUGGACCACAGCAGUGAGAUGUCCCUCUCCAAUUCAGGCUUUGAACCUGGGGGAAAGAAAAAUUUUCUCCAGAUUACAGACAAAGAUGGAGAGCAGCCUCAGAUUGCAUCAGAUGAGUCUGGUACAGCAGACAGCAGUGGUCUAGAUGACAGUACCCAGGAGCGGUUUAUUGGACCCCUACCAAGAGAUGGCACUGUAGGCGCAAGUGGUGACUACAGCAGCUCAACUUACUCCUAUUCAUCCAUCCUCAACAAAUCUGAGACAGGUUAUGUGGGUUUGGUCAACCAGGCCAUGACCUGCUAUUUGAAUAGCCUUCUACAAACACUCUUCAUGACCCCAGAGUUCAGAAAUGCGCUGUAUAACUGGGAGUUUGAGGAGUCAGAGGAAGACCCAGUUACCAGCAUUCCCCAUCAGCUGCAAAGGCUAUUUGUUCUGCUGCAGACCAGUAAAAAACGAGCGAUAGAGACGACCGAUGUUACGCGGAGCUUUGGUUGGGACAGCAGUGAGGCUUGGCAGCAGCAUGAUGUCCAGGAGUUGUGCAGAGUCAUGUUUGAUGCCUUGGAGCAAAAGUGGAAGCAAACGGAGCAGGCUGACCUGAUCAACCAGCUAUAUCAGGGGAAACUCAAGGAUUAUGUCCGUUGUCUGGAGUGUGGCUACGAGAGCUGGAGGAUUGAUACUUACCUGGAUAUCCCUCUUGUGAUCCGGCCAUUUGGAGCCAGCCAGGCUUAUAGCAGUGUGGAGGAGGCUUUGCAGGCAUUCAUUCAACCAGAGACACUUGAUGGAGCUAACCAAUAUUUCUGUGAGCGCUGCAAAAAAAAAUGUGAUGCCAGGAAGGGUCUGAGAUUUCUGCACUUUCCCUACCUGCUGACACUGCAGCUGAAACGAUUUGAUUUUGACUAUACCACUAUGCACCGCAUCAAGCUUAAUGACCGCAUGACUUUCCCAGAGGAGCUUGACAUGAGUCCAUUCAUUGAUGUGGAGGAUGAGAAGUCACCUCAGACAGAGAGCUGCACUGACAGUGGGGCAGAGAAUGAAGGCAGUUGCCACAGUGACCAGAUGAGCAAUGACUUUUCUACUGACGAUUGUGUGGAUGAAGGCAUCUGUUUGGACAGUACUAGCACCACAGAGAGGGUGUUAAAACCAAAGAGUUUGCUGAGCUUUGAGCUUUUCUCUGUCAUGGUCCAUUCGGGGAGUGCUGCAGGUGGCCACUACUAUGCCUGCAUCAAAUCUUUCAGUGAUGGCCAGUGGUACAGCUUCAAUGAUCAGCAUGUUAGCAAGAUCACCCAGGAUGAUAUCAGGAAGACGUAUGGGGGAUCCUCAGGGAGCAGAGGUUAUUAUUCCAGUGCCUUUGCAAGCUCUACGAAUGCAUACAUGCUGAUUUAUAGGUUGAAAGAUCCUUCAAGAAAUGCAAAGUAUUUGGCUGUGGAAGACUUCCCAGAACACAUAGAAAAUUUGGUUCAGAAGGAAAAAGAGUCUGAAGAGCAAGAAAAGAGACAGCGGGAGAUUGAACGCAACACUUGUAAGAUUAAGCUUUUCUGCAUGCAUCCUGUGAAGAUGAUGAUGGAAAGUAAGCUAGAAGUGCACAAGGACAAAACUCUCAAAGAAGCUACAGAGAUGGCAUACAAGCUGAUGGAGCUGGAAGGAAUUGUCUCCUUGGACUGUUGUCGCUUGGUGAAAUACGAUGAGUUCCAUGAGUACUUGGAGCGCUCCUAUGAAGGUGAAGAGGACACACCAAUGGGCCUGCUGCUGGGAGGAGUCAAGUCAUCAUACAUGUUUGACUUGCUGUUGGAGACACGCAGACCAGAACAAGUGUUCCAGCCGUACAGACCAGGAGAGGUGAUGGUGAAAGUUCACAUUGUGGAUUUGAAGACUGAGAGCAUUGCAUCUACGAUUAGUGUUCGGGCUUACCUGAACCAGACUAUCACUGAAUUUAAACAGCUCAUCGCACAGGCUACAGGGCUGUCUGCAGAAACCAUGCGUGUGGUUCUGGAACGCUGCUAUAAUGACCUCCGGCUCCUUUAUGUUCCAAACAAGACGUUGAAAGCUGAGGGGUUUUUCAGAAGCAACAAGGUAUUUGUAGAGAGCUCAGAGUCAACUGAUCAACAGGCUUCUUUCACAGACUCUCUCCUGUGGAAACUGUUGGAUCGUCAUGGGAAUACAAUCAGACUUUUUGUCCUGCUGCCUGAACAGUCUCCUGGUACCUUGGCCAACAGAACUCUUUGCCAAAAAUUAGGUUAUGACUCUGAUGUUGCCUUUGAAGGGUCAAAAGGUAACAGAAAAUCUGUUGAGACAAUCCUGGAAGAGAGCACAGAAAGGUUGAAGAAUCUGUCUCUUCAGCAGCAGCAGGGCUCCAGUACCAGCGACAGCCAGAAAAGCUCUGAUGCCAGUGACUUUGAACAUAUCGAAUCCCCCGCCCAAGAGGUGGACUCGAACUCUUCACUCUGUGUGGCUGCAGAUAACAGAGAGUUGGAGAACCGGAUCAGGGUAACACCUGGGGGCAGCGGCAGUGCCUCUUCUGACACUGAGAACCAGUUUGCCAGUGAAGAGCGCUCUGACUCUGAGGUAAACAAUGACCGCAGCACCAGCUCAGUGGACAGCGACAUCCUGAGCUCCAGCCACAGUAGUGACACACUGUGUAAUGCAGACAGCGGCCACAUUCAGCUGGCCAACGGUUUGGACUCUCAUAGUAUCACCAGCAGCCGGCGUUCUAAGGCCCAUGAAGGCAAAAAAGAAACAUGGGAUACAGCUGAAGAAGAUUCUGGAACUGACAGCGAAUAUGAUGACAACGGGAAGAGCAAGGCGGAGUCUCAGUACCUUUACUUCAGAGCAGAGGCUUGUGCUCAGGAUGACUCCUCUUGGAAGGCACAAAAAUGUUUAGUGGUUCAUGUGGACAAGCGAAUAACACUGGCAGCAUUCAAACAGAACCUGGAGCCCUAUGUGGGAGUCACAUCGACCCAUUUCAAGGUUUUUCGUGUGUAUGCCAACAAUCAGGAGUUUGAGAGCGUGCGGCUCAAUGAAACGCUGUCGUCUUUCUCUGAUGAUAACAAGAUAACUAUUCGGCUAGGAAGAGCACUGAAAAAGGGUGAAUACAGAGUGAAACUUUAUCAGCUACUAGUGAAUGAACCAGAGCCCUGUAAAUUCCUUGCCGACACCGUGUUUGCCAAGGGCAUGACUGUCAGGCAGUCUAAAGAGGAGCUGCUUCCUCAGUUGAAAGAGCAGUGUAAACUUGACCUCAUCAUUGACAGGGUCCGCCUCCGAAAAAAGACUUGGAAGAACCCCGGGACGGUGUUUCUGGACUACCAUGUCUAUGAGGAAGACAUCAGCAUCUCCUCUAAUUGGGAAGUUUUCCUCGAAGUCCUCAGUGAACCAGAAAAAAUGAAGUCGAUGUCACAGCUGGCUGUUCUAACCAGACGGUGGAGCCCCGCCACAAUGACACUUGGGCCCUUCCAGGAAGUGAUUCUGGAGAGCAGCAGUGUGGAAGAACUGAAGCAGAAGCUUAGUGAGCUCAGUGGUGUUUCACUUGAAAACCUGGAAUUUGCAAAGGGCAGAGGAACAUUUCCUUGUGAUAUGUCUGUGUUAGAGAUCCAUCAGGAUUUGGACUGGAAUCCUAAGGUGUCGACUCUUAACGUGUGGCCUCUAUACAUCUGUGACGAUGGAGCUGUGGUCUUCUAUCGGGACAGCACUGAGGAACUUAUGGAACUGUCAGAGGACGAGCGCAGUGAGCUGAUGAAGAAAGAGAGCAGCCGUUUGCUGAAGACUGGCCACCGCGUCAGCUACUCACCACGCAAGGAGAAAGCACUCAAAAUCUACCUGGACGGAGGUCCUGCCAAGGAUCUGGGGCAGGACUGAGGCACAGAGCACCACUCCUAAUUGUUUGGACCGCCGGGCUGCUGCAGUGUAGCAACCGCACCUACAGGCCCGAUAUUGACUUGAAUGUCACCCUGCGUUGUAGGGCUAACGUGCUCUCAGACUCUGGUCUGAGCCUGCGGAUUGGUUCAGAAACACUGCUGUGCACUAUGGUGUGUUGUACUGUAAAUGGAAGUACACAAGCUAUUGAAUUCAGAAAAAGAAUCAUACUGUAUAGACAAAUCAUGUACAAGUCCAGGGAUGGUAAAACUGUGACCCACAGAUUAAGGCGUCCAUCUUGUCUAUUUAAGUUUGCCUCCUUCAUAUCAUGCUGUCGGCAUUUGUGUCUUUUGCUUCGUGUUUUUGGGACAUAAUGUUGUGAUUGAUCCGUAAGAGCCUCACGCCUCCUCAGCACUGCUGUUAAAACACAUAAUUGCCCACCCUCUGAAAUAAUAUGGCAGUAGUGUAAGCUGGGACCUGGUUUCCAGCAUUCCUCAGUCUCUCUUGGCGUUUUAAUGACUUUUUCUAUAAUGGUGAGAUGUCAUUAUGUUAGUGAUUCAGCAAAAGCAACAAUUUAGAAUUUGAGUCAGAGGUUCUUUCUGCUCAUCUAAUAGCACAGUCAUAUCUUUAUGGGCCAUUUUUACUGCUUAUCUGGCGCAUCGCUUCUGUUAAUUCACUGUCAAUAUAUUGAGGGGUACAUGGUGUAUUUGUACUUUACUACAAAGUACAAUGAACCAAAACAAAGUCACCUGUUAAGAACGUCCUUGUUUUCUUCAUUAUAAAUUAUUUUUCUUCAGUUGAAUCAGGUCUUUUUAAGCCCUUGACACACACCUGCUGUCUUUGUUGACCCCCUCCAUGCCAUGUGACGAGUGUGCAUCCUUUGUCAUCCACAUGCGCGUGUGUUGUACUGAUUGGCGCGAGCUCUGGCUGGGUUUUCAGCUGAGAGUACGGGGUUCCUUUGGCACUUCUAGCUGCUGCUGCUCGACGGGCUGACACCAGAUAAACCUGAUGGAUUAAUCAGUCUGGUUAACUGCUCUGAGGACUCAAGUUCAGCAUCCAGGUCCCCUGAUGCUGCCACCAGCUAAUCACUGUAGAAAUGCCAAUAUCUGAAGAAAUUCUUCUUUGUUUGUUUCUGAGAUUUAAAUCCUGUGUGAAAAUAGCUGAGAUGGUUUUAGAAAUUAAUUAAAAUGCUUUUUCA